AUGGCAGGAGUCGCGCCGUUCGCGGGCCCGCAGCUGCCGCUGCCCAUCGACGUCCGCUGGAACCGACCGUCCGUCGUCUGCAGCGCCCUCAUGAGUCUCUACAUCGUGUUCGCCCCGCUCGAUGCAUAUAUUUACGAGCCCUUCCCGUGGACUAUCUCGCCGCCGGCCGUCGCCACCCAGACGUCGCAGCUCUCGUGGGCAGCCGCGAGUCCUCUCUGGCUCACCGCAGCCAGAGCAAGCUACAACGACACGUUCUUCGCACGUGGCGCCAGCUACGCGUACGAUCGCGAGACCAACACGGACGUCUAUCGAAGUGCCCUCAACACGUCGGCCAAGUGCGAGCUGUACGAGCUCCACACGGGCGCCCUCCUCUCGGCUCGGCUCCAGUCGCUUGUCUGCACCUUUGUCCAGAACAGUUCGUCUCCGUCUGGUGGAUGCCAGGAGAAUAUGAUGCUUUCGCUGCGGGCGUCGGUGCUCUGUGUCUGGUUCACGCCAAUGUCUGACGGUGCGAGCGACGACGCCAACGAUUCGUAUACCGUCUACGAGAUGUUCCACUUGGCUCCAACACCCGACUACCUCUACGGCAUGCUCGCCUUCCGCCUCACACUCACCGUGUACAUGGCGCUUUUGUGUGGACGCCGAUACUUGCAGCCUGUUCGGCGGCUGCACCGGCACUGUUAUCGGCUCCCGGCCAGGCGCUGCGACGUGAUUGUCGGCGACCCGACGUCGCUGCUUGUGCUUGAUCCGCUCUUGACAUUGGCGAUGGCCCUCGACCUCUGGCUCAGUGUGCCCGUUGUCGGCUCAUCAACGAUCGCCGUGUCCCAGUUACAGGCGUUGGACCACGCCGCACUCGGCUGCAUGUAUCUCUCGCGCAUGGCAUGGUUUGCAUACGGAUCGCUCGUGCUCGUCUCGAAGGGUCUUAAGCGCUACCACUGGGAGGCACGGUACCGCCCGGCGAGUCCGACCGUCCUCGCGGUCUUUGCGACGCUUGUCACCGGCCCGUUGACGUACCUCCAAGCCCAGAGCUACCUCCUCGUUCAGCUCUACGAGAUGAUUUUCGCCGGUAGUGAGCCCAGUACGACUCAAAUCGUGUAUGGGUUCCUACUCUUCCACCUGCUGCUUGCCGCGCUUCCGCUGGUGUAUUUUCUUCAGGUUCCGCCGAGCGACGAUGGCGGCGCCACCGCGCUCUUCGCCAAGGCCGUCACGACGCGGUAUACCACCGUGGGUGCGACCGACUGGAAGCAGCGCCUGCUCUUGCCGCUGUUUCUGCGCUCGGCCGGCUAUGUCCGCCAGCACGGCUGUUCGCUCUACAAUUUUUUUUACAUCGACGCGUCCUUUCGAGCGUGCCCGGGUCUGAGCCAGCGCGGGUCCGACUGCUACAUUGUGCUCUACAGCGCCGGCAACGGCGCCGCGGUCAAGCGCCUCGCCCUGCGGCGCCGCGUCGAUUUGACGUCGCUGCCCGUGACGAUCGAGCGACGGGACGAGCUCUUUGGGAGCCUCGGUAUCGUCAUCAACAAGGGCGCGACCAACCCUACCUAUGUCGUGGUCGAGCCCACGCAAGCGCCGUGCGAGUGGGUCGAAUAACCCCGCGUGCUAGACUACAUUUAGCUUGAAAAAAGGCGAAGUGAAAGUCACCUGAAGCCGACACCAAGCGCU